AUGAAGUCGACCGCCGUUUUUGCCAGCCUGCUGGCUUCUGCCGCUCUCGUCCAGGGCCGUGCCCACGGCCACGGUCAUCCCCAUCGCAGACAUGUCCAUGGCCACCACGAGAAGCGCGGCAUCGUGACGGACUGGGUCACCGAGACCAUAUACGAGACGGUAACGCUGCUUGUUGACGAGAGCACUACCGAGACCAUCAUGCCUACGUCCAAGUUCACCCCGCCUGUUGAAGGCCCCUCGAGCACGACGACGACCAGCGCGCAAGGCGGCCAGUUCUAUGAGACUUCUCAGGCGCAGCAAGCUCCCCCAUCCAGCACAGCGGAGCCCGUUGUGGUGGCGCCUCCUCCCGUGAUUGAGUCGUCUUCCACCCCUCCGGCGGCUGCGCCGGCCCCGACCACGUCGUCGAGCAGCCCGCCGCCCCCUCAGACCAGCAGCAGCAGCGGCAGCGGCUCUGGCGGCGGAUCAAGUGGCGGCGGCGGGUCUAGUGGCGGGGCCACGCAGUACGCCGGCGACCUGACCUACUACGCCCUGGGCCUGGGCGCGUGCGGCUGGGACGACAGUGGCAAGGACCACAGCGAGAACAUUGUCGCCCUCUCGCACCUGCUGAUGGGCACGCAAUCCAACGGCAACCCCUACUGCGGCAAGACCAUCACCGUCAGCUACGGCGGCAAGACGGUCACGGCAACGGUCCGCGACAAGUGCAUGGGCUGCGCCAUUGACCACAUUGACAGCUCCGAGAAGAUGUUCCUCGAGCUCUUUGGAGACCUCGGCGUCGGCCGCCAGAAAGUCACGUGGUGGUUCAACAACUAG